AUGUACUCCUCCGAUUUAAAGGUCUCGGACGUGGUUGUCGAACCGUACAACGCGAUUUUCACCAUUGAUCUUCUGUUAUCUCUGAGCGACGAAACUUUGGUUCUGGACAACGAGGCACUUCACAGUAUAUGUACAAACGUGCUCAAUAUUUCGGCCUCCUUCGGUGAUAUCAAUCAUCUUAUGUCCACUUGCGUUGGCGGAAUGACAACCUGUUUCCGUUUCCCAGGUCAGCUGAAUUCGGACUUGCGUAAAUUGGCUGUGAAUAUGGUCCCGUUUCCACGAUUGCAUUUCUUCGCACCAUGUUUUGUGCCCCUAGCAAGUCGAGGCAAUCAACCGUACAAAGCGAUCACAGUGCCCAAUCUUGUUCAGCAAAUGUUUGACGCGAAACAUCUCAUGGCCUUUUGCGAUCCGCGACAAGGUCGAUUUCUUACCUGUGCUUCCGUGUUUCGUGGGCGUUUAAGUAUGGCUGAGGUGGAAGAGAGUAUGCUCAAUGUACAAGACAAGAAUUCGCGAUAUUUUGUCGAAUGGAUUCCGAAUAAUGUGCAAAAUGCUGUUUGUGAUAUUCCAAUGCGUGGACAGAAAAUGUGUGCCACAUUCUUAGCCAAUACUACCGCAUUACAAACUGUGUUCCAGCGUAUCCAGCAAGCAUUCUCGGCCAUGUAUAAGCGUAAAGCAUUUAUGCAUUGGUACAGUGGGGAAGGAAUGGAUGAAGGAGAGUUUGUCUCUACAGAAUCCAAUGUGAAUGAUCUAAUCAGUGAAUAUCAACAAUACCAGGACGUUGCAGUGGAUAUCUAG